AUGCGUCAGCAAGCACCUGUUCGAUCGGUUUUGGUACUUCUGUUACCAUCACUGAUCCUUCUCAGCUCUGUGAAACUUGUAAAACCGGCUGAUUUAGAGGACGCGCUCCGAAAGAGCAUAUUGUUCUUCGAGCAGCAGCGCAGCGGCAAGCUUCCUCCAGAUCAGAGAGCCAAAUGGCGCGGCGACUCAGGACUCAAGGACGGAAAGGACGUCGGGGUGGACCUGACCAAGGGGUACUACGACAGCGGCGACAACGUCAAGUACGGGCUGCCCAUGGCGUUCACCCUCACCACGCUCGCGUGGAGCGUGGUGGAGUACGGAAGCACACUGGCGGCACAGGGACAGCUGGACCAUGCGCUGGACGCUAUCCGCUGGGGCACCGACUUCUUCAUCAGCGCGCACCCGCAGCCUAACGUGCUGUACGCGCAGGUGGGCGACGGCCCGUCGGACCAUCGGUGCUGGCAGCGGCCCGAGGACAUGACGACGCCGCGCAUGGCGUUCCGCCUGGACGCCAGUAACCCCGGCACCGAGGUCGCCGCUGAGGCCGCCGCCGCCCUCGCAGCUGCCAGCAUGGCCUUCGCGUCGCGCGACGAAGAGUACUCGAGGGAGCUGAUUCGCCACGCCAAGGAGCUAUUCAACUUCGCCAACACGUACCGCAAGUCGUACGUGAGCAGCAUUCCGUCCGCCGCCGCCUUCUACAACUCCUACUCCGGAUUCAAUGACGAGCUGCUGUGGGCGGCGGCGUGGCUGCAGCGCGCGACGGGCGAGGCGCAGUAUCUGGCGUUCGUGAGGAAGAACAACGAGACGCUGCAGGGCGCCACCACGGCCAUGAACGCCUUCUCCUGGGACAACAAGUUCGCCGGCGCGCAGAUCCUGCUCUCCAAGGUAUUUUUCAAGGCGCGCGACCCCGCGCUGUACGGCUACCAGCUGCGCGCCAAUGACUUCGUGUGCGCCACCGUCGUGCGCGGCACCCGCACGCCAGGCGGGCUGCUGUUCGUGCAGCCGUGGAGCAACCUGCAGUACGUGACGGCCGUGUCGCUGCUGCUCGCCGUCUACAGCGACUACCUCGACCGCGCCGGCGUCGCGUCCGUGCAGUGUGACUCCACCGCCGUCACCCCCGCCGCCAUGCGCAAGUUCGUCGGCAAACAGAUGAGCUACCUGCUGGGCGAGAACCCGCGCCGCAUGAGCUACAUGGUCGGGUACGGCGCGUCGUUCCCGAUGCGCGUGCACCACCGCGGCGCGUCCAUCGUGUCGAUAAAGAAGGACCCGCGCCCCAUUGGGUGCGAGGAGGGCUUCAAAUGGUUCCACACGCAGGCGCCGAACGCGAACGUGCUGGUGGGCGCAGUGGUGGGCGGGCCGGACAACAUGGACGCGUACAAGGACGAGCGCGACAACUACCAGCAGAGCGAGGUCUCCACGUACGUCAACAGCCCCCUCGUCGGCGCGCUCGCCCGCCUCCUCGCCGCCGAUGCCCCCCUGCCGCCCAACCAGCAGCCUGGUGGAGGCAGCUGGGGCGGAGGGAAGGGCAAGGGUGGAGGCAACGGUACAAGGGAUGGAAGCAGCGGAAAUAAAGGCGGGGGGCAGCGGGGUUCCGGCAGCGGGAGCAAGAGUGGCGACACGGGUGAUAAGGGGGGUGCCGAGAAGAGUGGCAGUGGGAAGAAGCCCGAUAAAGAUGGGAAGAAGGGCGGUGAGGGUAGUGGGGACAUGAAGUACAGAAAUGGUACCAACAAGGGCAGCGGUGGCAGCAGCAAGUCUGGCAACAAGAAGUCGGGCAACAAAAAGCCAGGCGGGAAUGAUUCGGGCAGCAAUAAGUCGGGCAGCAACAAAUCUGGCAGCAACAAGUCUGGCAGCAACAAAUCUGGCAGCAACAAGUCUGGCAGCAACAAAUCUGGCAGCAAUAAAUCGGGUAGCAAUAAGUCGGGCAGCAAUAAGUCGGGCAGCGACAAAACAAGUAAUAAGUCGGGCAGCGACAAAUCAGGCAGCAAUAAGUCGGGUAGCAGCAAAUCUGGCAGCAAUAAGUCGGGCAGCAACAAGUCGGGCAGCAACAAUUCUGGAUUCAACCGUGCCGAUUCCACGGGCACACAAGGCCCAUCCACGACUUUCAUUGCAUCAGUGCGCGAUGCCGAGGACACCCCAGAUGGCCCCAUCCCCAUGCACACCGCACAGCAUGCCAACUUAGGCGUGAGCCCCUGGACAGGCGAUAGUGGUGUAACUGGUGUAAGUGGCGGUGGGAUAAAGGCACAGCAGCCUCAAGGGUUGAACAGCAUGGCAGCAGCAGGCAGAGGGGCUUCCCAGUGGCAGGUGUCGGUGACAACGGUGGUGACGGCGCAGUGGCAGGACGUGCAGGGGCGCAGCAUGGCGCAGUACAUGGUUCUGCUGCGCAACGACGGCACCACAACGCUGGCCCACAUGCGCCUCACGGCACAGGGCUUCCACCCCACAAGUGCUUGGGGCCUCGUGCGAGCUGGUAAUGCCUACCGAGUUGUGGAAGGAGGUGGUGCGCUGGCUCCAGGCCAGACCAGCCGAUUUGGGUAUGUGCAGGAGGGAGAGGCAGCAUCAUUCAAACAAGCCCUGCAAGAGGAGGCCUGA